AUGACAGAUUUAAUGUUUGGCGAUUUUUCUCACGAAGAAACUGAGAAAUUUUUUGGACGUGAUAAACAAUGUGUGAAGGUAAAAGAUCCAGAGUUUCCAUGGGGUGCUGAAACAUGUAUUAAUCCCACAAUUGAAUUUGGUUUCGAUGUUCCACAAGUAGCACCGCAUGUAUGUUCUUACUAUCCAUCGUAUCAUUCAUCAUCAUGUAAUGGUAGUAGCCAUCAAGAGUCAUCAUCGGCCUUAACAUCACCUCCAUAUUCUUCUAAAAGUUCAUCAGUUGAAAAUUUUAAAAUAUCCUCAGUGGGCCAGAAAUCAUCAACAAAUAAUAAUCAUCAUCAUCAUCAUCAUCGACAUUCUCUGAGUUCAGCUAAGAAAAAGAAACAACGUCCAAAAGAUUAUUAUGCACGUGAAUAUAAUCAAAUUAUGGAACCAUCGCAAGAACAGCAACAAAAUGGUAUUUUAAAUGAUAAUGGCAGUUUAUCAGCAACAACGCUAGCCACACCCACACGUAGUACAACAGUUUUAGGUCAAUCAUCUUCAAACGCCACAGCAGCAGGUAUCGAUCAAUUACAACAUUCAGAAUUUCAGUCACCACCCGUAGCGGGUAUUAUUGUCUCAGAUGAUGCCAGAUUAUUAGCGUGUAAUCAAUGGGUUGAUUCAACAAUGAAACAUCAACAACAAGAGGAUGAUCAAGAAUCAUCGAAACAAAGUAUCGAUUUAACAAAUGAUGAGGAUGAAAAUGAUUCAGAUGACACUCAUGGCACAACGACCGAUGAUAACGAAGACAGUGUCACUGAUGAUUUACAAAAUUCUCGUUCAACAACAAUACCUCAGACAAAUGCUAGUUAUCCAAUAAAUAUAGCACAAACGAAUAAUAAUUUAAAUUCAAAUACACUUCCAACAGCAAUAAUGAAAACGUACCCACCACAACAACUAAAUUCACUUUCUCCAGCUCUCAAUGAUGAUGUGACUAUUUAUUCAACGUCAGUUGCUAGUGGAGCCAGUGUCGAAACAUUGAAGCCAAAUGUAGAUCAAAAUAACAUAAAAAAACAAUCUUCUCUAGUCCAAUCUAUAAAAACAAAAAAUGAAUCAGCAGAACCACGAUCAUGUUGGGCUGAUUUAUUCAGAAGUUCGUCAAAAAAUCAAACGCAAACUAAUAGUAAUAAUUUAACAUCACCACCAUCAUCAAAUAAAGACAACAAUACAUCCUCUAUAACAAAAUCUCUCUCAUCUGCUUCAUCAUCCACUUCACAACCUCCAACAAAAAAACCUCAACAAACGCUUGUUCGUUCGUCUAGUGGAACGCAAAUAUCCUCUUUAACAUCACAACCAAUGCCUCGAAGUACAACAGCAAACGAUAAUCGCUUAUACAACAAUCAGUCGAAAAAUCAUUAUCACGUUUAUAACAGUAGUGGAGGAGAAUCACAGUCUCUCGAUGAUUAUUUUUCAAAAUGUGAAUUACGUCCAUCAGCAAUGGCAAUCAAACCGCGUGGACUGGUAAAUAAAGGAAAUUAUUGUUAUAUCAAUGCGACUUUACAAGCUUUAUUAGCAUGUCCACCAUUUUUCAAUGUUAUGAAACAUGCUCCAAUAUCUGACGUUCCAGCCGAACAAAUUAUGCCCUGUAUAGAAGCGCUACACGUAUUUGUCAAUAAAUUUGAAAAAAUGGAUCGUAGUAAAUAUCCAAUUAGCGCUAAUCAUAAAGACAUCGUGUGUGGUCAACCAUUUGAAGCCACAAAUAUGUUGAGUGAGAUAGCACGUUUAAGAAAAAGUCCACUCGAUGUUGUCAAAACAAAACAAGAAGACGCACACGAAUUAUUAUGUCAAUUAUUAAGUGAAUUACACGAAGAAAUAUGUAACAUAUUAUACAAAACGCCAGUACCCCCUAAUUACACUGAAGAACAAUCUACAUCAGCAACACAAAAUUCAACUACGACAACAGCGAACAAUGUAUCGCAAACAAAUGGAAACGACGAAAAAUCAGAAGAUUGGCUUCAAGUUGGAAAACGAAAUCGCACACACAGUGAAAUACGCAAAAGUUUAAUAUCCGAAAUAUUUGCUGGCAUGUUUCGAUCAACUGUACACAGUGCUGGAAAUCAACGAUCGGUUGUUCAUGAACCAUUUUUUACUUUAUCACUUGAAAUCAAAGACAGUCGAAUACAAUCAUUAGAGGAUGCUCUAUUAAGAUUUUCCGAACAAUCUGUUCUCACAGAUUAUGUCGAUAAUAAAACUCGCCAAACAGUUCACACAAGUAAAACAAUAUUAAUCGAUCAAUUACCACCCAUCCUAAUUAUCCACUUGAAAUGUUUUCUAUACGAUGAAACAGACAAUUCAGCAAAAAAAAUCAAUAAACAAUUAUCAUAUCAAGUCAAUUUGACACUACCAUCAAAAAUAUUAACCGAACAAGCUAAAAAAACUUCUUAUGAUCGUUAUAAAUUAUUUGCUGUUGAAUAUCAUUGUGGUGAUAAAGCGAGUGGUGGUCAUUAUGUAACAGACGUAUUUCAUCCGGGUCUACAAGGAUGGAUUCGAAUGGAUGAUUCAACCGUUAACGUUGUUACAAGUUCACAAGUAUUAAAUUCACAGGACAAUAAACAGACACCCUAUUUAUUAUUUUAUCGUCGUGGAGACUAA